CUCAAAAGAGUUCAUAGAAAAAUUUAUUAUGGGUAGUACGAAAACUUUGGUGACAUGUUUCCUUGUAAUAAUACUUGCAGUUUCGUUGCCUAACAACAACGUUUUGGCUUCAGAUGCAAGGAUCGAAGGCUUCUCUUUUGACAACUGCAAUAUUAGGUGUUCCGAAGAUUACUGGAAUGAUGAAUGUAAUAAGGACUGUCUUAGAGCUGGCUUUCAAAAAGGUGGACAGUGUGGUUCUCCUUGUAUUCCAUGUCCAGUGAAAUGUUGUUGUCAAAAGUAAUACAAACUUAUAAAUCCAUUUUCUCUCAAAAUUGAUGAUUCUAGCGUUGCCUUUAUUUUCUCUAAGUUAUUGGACUUGAUUUGUAUCUUAUUCUUAUAAAUAAAUGCAAUGAUAUAAGAAAACUAUAUAUAUUGCAAUAGUAAUUUUUAUAACA